AUUCCACUCUCAAGCCAGCUAUGAGCGACAUUGCCCGUCUAAAAAUCGAGCACUGACCCUUCCUUUUGCUCAUCUGUCCCUGUUAUUCUGUUCAAGUUUUUCUCCGUUUGUUAGGAACCAGCGCACUUAUUUGAAUUUGGGAGCUGAAACCUUCCUAUUUCUGAUCCCAUUGCUGGGUACCCGAAGCGCCAUUUUUCAUACCAUACUGAGAAUUUUGUGUUGAAGUCAAAUCUUCAUUCUUGUUAUCAAACGGAGGAUGACAGGUCGGGACCCAUCUUCUGCCUGUGUCGAGGUUAAAGUUAAUCCACAGCGGGGGGGCAACAUAAUCCGUCCGGGUGGUGCACCCACUCCCCCGCCAGCGUCGCGAAGGGUCUCUCCAUUGCCGGUUGAUCCUAUUAGGCGGGACUCCAGGCUGUUCAAGAGGUGGUUGCCAUGGCUGGUGCCAUGCUUUGUGACCGCCAACAUCACUAUAUUCAUUCUCACUAUGUACGUAAACAAUUGUCCCAAGCAUUAUGUGGGCGAUUCUUGCUUUCCUAGCUUUCUGGGCAGAUUCUCGUUUCAGCCCCUUAAAGAGAAUCCUCUCUUUGGCCCUUCUUCAUCAACACUAGAAAAGAUGGGUGCUCUAGAAGUGGACAAAGUGGUUCGUAGACACCAAGCCUGGCGCCUGAUAUCUUGUAUGUGGUUGCAUGCUGGCAUUAUCCAUGUGCUUGCCAACAUGUUGAGUCUUCUCUUUAUCGGAAUCCGGCUUGAGCAAGAAUUUGGGUUUGUUCGAAUUGGAUUGCUGUAUUUAAUAUCUGGUUUUGGGGGAAGUUUGUUGUCUGCUUUAUUCAUACAAUCAGGCAUCUCGGUUGGUGCUUCGGGUGCAUUAUUUGGCUUAUUGGGAGGCAUGCUAUCAGAGCUUUUAACAAAUUGGACAAUUUAUGCUAAUAAGUGUGCUGCAUUGUCGACUCUUAUUGUCAUCAUUAUAAUCAAUUUAGCUGUUGGAGUACUUCCCCAUGUAGAUAAUUUUGCUCAUAUUGGAGGGUUUAUCUCUGGUUUUCUUCUUGGAUUCGUCUUUUUGGUUCGCCCCCAGUUUAAAUGGGUUAGCCAAUCUCGUUCUGCAUAUGCUGCGCCUCUUGUGAUUUCUAAAAACAAACCUUAUCAGUACGUGCUGUGGGUAAUCGCUUUCAUGCUACUGGCUGCCGGAUUGAUAACUGGGCUGGUUCUGCUCCUUCGAGGGGUUAAUCUGAAUAACUACUGUUCAUGGUGUCAUUUUUUAAGUUGCGUCCCCACGUCAAAAUGGAGCUGCAAAUCUCAACAAGUUUACUGUGAGUCAACCCAAAUGGGAAAGCAACUUAACAUGACAUGCUUGAGCAAUGGAAGAAGUCACAUUUAUCCGCUGUCCAGCAGUAGUCCUUCCCAGGUUCAACAGCUUUGUUCUCAACUUUGCAAUUGAUAGAUACACACAUUCAGGAGGUUAAUCAUAUUUCCUGACACACCAAGUCAUUCAUCUAGCAAACGAUUUCUUCUUGCUUGGGCAGAGAUCUUAUUCCUGUUUUAGCAACGGUGAUUGUUAUUAUCACUAUCACGAGUGUAUUCUUGUUGACACCGUUGCUUCUUGGCUAUGAUUUGUAUGUGCAAGUAUUCCUUUGUACCAGGAAGGUGCACGGUGAGAGUUGUAUUAGGUUAUAAUGGAAAAAAGAACUUUUGGAGAUGUGAAUUGCUGUCAAAAGGAUUGCUCAGAGCAAGGUGCAUUGCUUCAGAUUCUUUGUUGAGGAUCUUGUACAGUUCUUUGUGUAAAGCUAUGGCUAAUAAUCUAAUAUCGAUGUUUUGUUUUGGGAUUC